GCGCUGAGGAGGCGAGGCCGGACGGCGCAGCUGUUGCCGGGACGAUGGCGGGGACGGCGCUCAAGAGGCUGAUGGCCGAGUACAAACGAAAUGUGAAAGCUCUGCAGGAGUGUGUGUUUUGGAAACAAAGCGGAGAAAGGAGAGCGCCAGGACCCUUCCCGUCGGGGAGCUUGGGCCGCGCAGUUCCCCGCUCACCAAACUAACGCUGAAUCCUCCAGAAGGAAUUGUGGCAGGCCCCAUGAAUGAAGAGAACUUUUUCGAGUGGGAGGCACUGAUCAUGGGCCCAGAAGACACCUGCUUUGAGUUCGGGGUCUUUCCUGCCAUCCUGAGCUUCCCACUGGAUUACCCGUUAAGUCCCCCAAAGAUGAGAUUUACCUGCGAGAUGUUUCAUCCCAACAUCUACCCUGACGGCAGAGUCUGCAUUUCCAUCCUGCACGCCCCGGGCGACGACCCCAUGGGCUACGAGAGCAGCGCUGAGCGCUGGAGCCCCGUGCAGAGCGUGGAGAAGAUCCUGCUGUCGGUGGUGAGCAUGCUGGCAGAGCCCAACGACGAGAGUGGGGCCAACGUGGACGCUUCUAAGAUGUGGCGGGACGACCGGGAGCAGUUCUGCCGGGUGGCCAGGCAGCUGGCGCAGAAGUCCCUGGGGCUCUGAGGCCCGUCCUCGCGCCCGCGCACACACGGCGCCCGGCCGCGGCCCGGCUGUCUCUGCUGCACGCACAGUGACAGUGACACUCCGUGCUGGUACCAAAAAAGGCGAGCUUGCAGAACCGCAGCAUGUCCUGUUUCCCUACCUUUCCCGCUCCGGACAGGCUUCUUUGCUGACAUUAUGCUGUAUGUGGGACGAUGACAGCCGGACGCAGUGUCCCGUGUUGCCGGCCUGGCGCUCUGCGGAGGUGGUGACAGCCGUCCCCACCCCUCUCCCGGCCGGGGUGCACACACGCAGGCUGUGGCUUCCCGUCUGUCGCAUCGGUGGGGGCGAUGAACCAGUAAUGGUCCUUCGAGGAAACGGGGCCUCGCAGCCCGAGCGGCGGCCGGCAGGAGGGCUCUGUGGGCCCGGCCGGGGACGCCACUUGGUUGCAGUGCUUCAUAGUCCUUCCUGCCUGUUUCCUUAUAAUCUCGUUACAUCAUUUUUGUUUGUCGUGUGUUACAAACUAUCACACUUAGAGAUACUUUCAGGAAAUAAAUACUUUUUAAAAACACGGAUUGAUGAGAAAUGGGGUGCGUCAAAGAGGUUUACUGCUGGUUGUGAGGACGGACGCUGUCUUCCCGGUCGUGCUUCGAUCUGUGUCCUCGCUGACUUGCGCGUCCUUAGGGCAGGAACACGCGGCCCCGUGUAGACACCGGAGCUCUGAGCUUCGGCAUGUGCGGCCGCAGCGGGAGCCUAACACGGAGACGGACUUGUCCUUUGCAGCGUGGCGUGGGAAGGGAACGCUCACCCUCGUGAGUGCUGGGCGCAGAGGCAUGCCUUAUCCCUGACCUUGGGCGCCGCCCGUUGGGCAGCAUGGUGUGCGGGGGGUGGGGUGGGGGGGGUGUCCCUCUCCCCAGGCCCCAGCGUGGGGGCAGGGCACUUAGCUGUGGUCUGUGAUCUCGCUGCAGCCCUGGAGCCCGCCAGCCUGGGUGGCCCAGCAGCGCCGUGCCAGGGCUCCGUGAACAAGCAGCAACAGAUGUGUCGCAGAAUCGGAUGCCUGGCCGGUUUCAGACACGUUAAAUUUAAGUAGGAAUCUCUAUUUUUGAAAUAAGGAACCGUCUUUAAGACAAACAGUAGGUCACACUUUCCGUUAUCCUAAGGAAACCCGGUUUUUUCUCUCUCGGGGGAACCGUCGUCACAUUGACGUUCAGUACAAGCACUUGUACCUGGAAGGGCACCAGAAAGGAGAGGUGCUGUCCCCAAGUGGGACUUGUAGGCCCCUCCCGCAGAGGGGAGGAGGGCUUUGUGCCGGCAGGACUCCGAGGAGUCUAGAGAAGGAAGAAGGGUGGGCUCUUUGCAAACGAAGUAUUUUUACUCACUUGUAUUUAUUAAGUGGAAACAAAGAGUCUCAUGUCCUUGCUCUGUGAUGCCGUUUAAUUACUAUGUUACAAAUAAAGUUCUCUAUUUUCCCCCA